ACUAAGCAAAAUGGAUAAAAAUGAUAAAUAAUAUUGCAAUUACUGAAAAUAAUAAAUAAAAAUAGUUGAGGAGAGUUAAUACCAACUAAUAUAAAACGUUAACAAUAUGUAAAUAUAACUAUGAACAAAAACAUGAAGACAGAAAUCACCCAUGUACGACACUACUAGUUCAAUAACAAUAUUUAGUGGGACAGUCUUAUGAUGGUGCUCAAAAUAUGAGAGGCCAAUUUCAUGAAUUAAAAACUUAUAUACAACAAAAAUGUCCAUCUGCAACUUUUAUUUGAUGUUACGCACAUAGGCUAAACUUAGUUGUUGCUAAAUCUGUCGGUUGCAAUAUAAAUGUCAUAGAUAUUUUUGGUAAUCUAGAAUCGGUUUACAAUUUUAUAUGUGGAAGUAAGAAAAGAGUGGCUAUUUAUGAAACUAAACAAGAUUAUUAUUGCGGUAAAAGAACUCGUAGGCCUAAGCUAGUCGCUACAACACGUUGGAUGUCUCAUGGAUAUGCCUUUGAUUCAAUAUUAGAAACAUACGAAGCUGUCGUUGAAACUUUGGAUGAUGUUAAGAAUAAAGAAGGAUGUAAUGACCAAAGAAUUGGACUUAUUGCUGGCUGUCUUAUAGAAUACCUUCUUUCUAGGCGGUUUUUGUUAAUAGCAUUCUGUUUUAAAUACAUUUUUGAGAUUCUUGAACCAGUCAACAUUUUAUUACAAAGUAAGGACCUUGACUUACAUUCAACUAUGAAUAGCAUACAGAAUGCUCAGUUAGCUGUUCAUAACCUUCGAGAUAGUAAUGUUUUUAAUAAAAUAUUAAUUGAUGUUAAUAAUUUUAUGAACAAAUUUAGCCAAUUUGAAUUUUUUGAUAAGCUUAAUCAAAGAAUUCAUAGAAAAAAAAAUGCCAGGCAAUGAGGCUUUUGAUGAUCCUGUAAUAGAUCCAAUAGAAAACGUCAGAAUUAAUACAUUUUAUGUUUGUUUGGACAUCAUAAAUUCAGCAUUUAGCGAAUACUUUGGUAAUAGUUCAAUCGGAAUUUAUAAAGAUUCAUCAUUGUUCAGUAAAAAGAGGCUAGAUGAAAUGAAAAAGUUCCAGCAUCACUUCCAAAAGAUGCUUUUUUAAUAUUUUGUAAGGUUUACAGAAAGUAUAUUGAUCAGUACUGUUUAAACAAGAAGUACAUUCAUUUUUCAAAGAUUUUUACCUCAUUUGAAGAAAAUGUCAAUCUGUCUAAAUAUUUUCAUGAAAAAGACCUCAUAGAAGAAGAAGGAGAAGAUAAAGAAUUUUCAUCAAAAUCAAAUAAUGAAAUUGAAAUGGAACCUAGAAAAGUGCUUAAUGUAGGGAGUAUGAAAGCACUUAAUUAAAUUUUUCAUGCGGGUAACUUGGGUUCUGUAUUUCCAUCACUUAAUAUUGUUCUUCAAAUUGCUUUGACUUUCCCUGUUUCAAGUGCUACUACAGAAGGACACUUUCAAAGCUCAAAAUAAAACUCGUUUAAGAAAUACUAUGAAUAACACACGUUUAGAAGAUUUAAUGCUAAUCACAUGUGAACAAGACUUGUACAAAAAUUCAAAUAUAGUUUUAGAAAAAUUUUCA